UGACUGGCUCCUUCCCGCUGGUCCUGCCCUCCCCUGGACUGAAAAAGUGAAAGGUUGGAGGCGCAUUGACGCUUCUAAGGUUCCCAGUUAAGAGCGCCCAGUUGCAGCGUAUGAUGUCUCUUCCAGCUCGGCGACUUUUGCUGCUGCUCGUCUGCUUGACGUUACCCGUGUAUGGCGUGGAAAAGGUGAGAAGUAGAGGAUACCGAAAGGAUCCUGACGCUGACAAGUACGGCAGCUGCAUGCAGGGUCCAGCAGGAACUCCCGGCAGAGACGGUAACCCCGGGGCCAACGGCAUCCCGGGAACACCGGGCAUCCCCGGACGCGAUGGACUCAAAGGUGAGAAGGGCGAAUGUAUCAAUGAGAUCUUCGAGGAGCCCUGGAGGCCAAACUACAAGCAGUGUGCCUGGAACUCCUUGAAUUAUGGGAUCGACCUGGGAAAAAUAGCUGACUGUACAUUCACCAAACUGCGCUCAGACAGUGCCCUCAGAGUCCUCUUCAGUGGCUCCCUCAGACUUAAGUGCAAGAACGCAUGUUGCCAAAGGUGGUACUUCACCUUCAAUGGAGCAGAGUGCACAGCGCCACUGCCCAUAGAGUCCAUCAUAUACCUGGACCAAGGCAGUCCAGAACUCAACUCAACCAUCAAUAUUCACAGAACAUCUUCAGUUGAAGGACUGUGUGAGGGUGUCAAAGCAGGGUUGGUGGACGUGGCCGUAUGGGUGGGGACCUGCGCUGACUAUCCCCGCGGUGAUGCAUCCACAGGGUGGAAUUCAGUUUCCAGGAUUAUCAUCGAAGAGCUUCCCAAAUAGUUACAUAAGAGGAAUGAGGUCAGCCCUGGUAGUAUAACAGUAUGUUAUCUGGUCUUCCCAAAUGAGCAGGUACAGUUUGCUGAGGCCUCACAACAUCACUGAUGGGAACUUUUUUUUUAAUGUUUUGUUGACACAAUUCUCUAUUUGACAGGCCAUUCACUUUACCAGGAAAAAAACUGUAUUGUACUGUAAUUUUUCUGCUCGCUGGUGCUGUCGGCAGUCAAUGCCAAUAAGUGCGUGUUUGACUUUUUUAUAUGCUUUUUUCAACUGUUAAUAAAGCAAUCUUUUAUAAGGUU